AACUGCUGCUUGAAGCAGAAAGCAGAAGGUGAUAAAGUAACGUAAUUUGGCGAUGUGACAUAUAUGUCAGCCAACCUGCGUACGGUUGAAAAGUUUUCAGUGUGUGUUGUCCGCUGUUGUAAAUGGUGCUGCUGUAAGGAGUGCUGCAGUCUUGUAAAAGGAUAACCAUGGCAAUGUGGAUCCAGGCCCAGCAGCUGCAGGGUGAUGCCUUGCACCAGAUGCAGGCCUUGUACGGCCAGCACUUCCCCAUUGAGGUGCGGCACUACCUGGCUCAGUGGAUUGAAAGCCAACUCUGGGACUCGGUGGAGUUGGAUAACCCAGCAGAGGAAACCAAAGCCAAGCGUCUGUUGGAUAACCUGGUGGCCGAGCUCCAAAAGAAAGCCCAGGUCCAGGGAGGAGAGGACGGCUUUCUGCUCAAGAUCAAGCUUGGUCACUAUGCCAGCCAGCUAAAGAGCACCUAUGAUCGUUGUCCUUUGGAACUGGUCCGCUGCAUUAAACACAUCCUGCAGUCUGAGCAGAGGCUCGUUCAAGAAGCUACAAAUGCCAGCAGUGGAAGUGGGGGUCAGGCCAUGGACACGCUAUCACAGCGCCACCAGCAGAUCAACCAGGCCUUUGAGGAGCUCCGACUAGCCACGCAGGAAACCGAGAACGAACUGAGAAAGCUGCAGCAGAGCCAGGAGUACUUCAUCAUCCAGUACCAGGAGAACAUGCGCAUUCAAGCCCAGCUGAGCAGCUUGUCUUCACUGCCUCCAACUGAGCGCACCCAGCGGGAAACAACCCUGCAGAGCAAGCGGGCCACAGUGGAGGCCUGGCUCGCCAGAGAGGCCAGCACACUACAGAAAUACAGGCUUGACCUGGCAGAACAGCACCAGAAGACCUUGGGCCUGCUGAGGAAACAGCAGACUGUGAUCCUGGAUGAGGAGCUCAUUCAGUGGAAGAGGAGGCAACAGCUGGCUGGCAAUGGGGGUCCUAAUGAGGGGGGGCUGGAUGUUCUGCAGUCCUGGUGUGAGAAGCUGGCUGAUCUGAUCUGGCAGAACCGACAGCAGAUCCGGCGCUGUGAACAUCUCACCCAGCAGCUUCCUCUGCCAGGGCCCAUGGUAGAGCUGCUGAGCAAACUGAAUGCUGACAUCACUGACAUCAUCUCUGCCCUGGUUACCAGCACCUUCAUCAUCGAAAAGCAGCCACCCCAGGUGUUAAAAACCCAGACCAAAUUUGCAGCCACAGUUCGCCUCCUGGUGGGUGGGAAGCUCAACGUCCACAUGAACCCACCUCAGGUCAAAGCUGUCAUUGUUAGUGAGCAGCAGGCCAAGGCUUUGCUGAAGAAUGAGAGUACACACAGUGAAAGCAGUGGAGAAAUCCUCAAUAACAACUGUGUGAUGGAGUAUCACCAGGCCACGGGCACCCUCAGUGCACACUUCAGAAAUAUGUCACUGAAGCGGAUCAAACGUUCGGACCGUCGAGGUGCAGAGUCCGUGACAGAGGAGAAGUUUACAGUUCUGUUUGAGUCCCAGUUUAGCAUUGGAGGCAACGAGCUGGUCUUCCACGUCAAAACUCUGUCCCUGCCUGUGGUAGUCAUUGUGCACGGCAGCCAGGACAACAACGCCACCGCUACAGUCCUGUGGGACAAUGCCUUUGCUGAGCCGGGCAGAGUACCGUUCAUUGUGCCAGAGAAGGUGCUGUGGCCCCAGCUGUGUGAGGCCCUCGAUAUGAAAUACAAGGCAGAGAUGCACAGUGGGCGUGGCCUGUCAGACGACAACCUGGUUUUUCUUGCACAAAAGGCUUUUUCAGGCAGCAGCAACAACUCCGAGGACUACCGCAACAUGACCAUAUCCUGGGCCCAGUUCAACAGGGAAAGCUUACCUGGACGCAACUUCACCUUCUGGCAGUGGUUUGAUGGAGUAGUAGAGCUUAUGAAGAAACAUCUGAAGCCUCACUGGAAUGAUGGGGCCAUUCUGGGCUUUGUAAACAAGCAGCAGGCACAGGACAUGCUGAUGUCCAAACCCAAUGGCACUUUCCUGCUGCGAUUCAGUGACUCUGAGAUUGGAGGCAUCACCAUCGCCUGGGUGGCAGAAAACCCCAACAAAUCAGGUGAGAGGCUGGUCUGGAAUCUGUUGCCAUACACAACCAAGGACUUCUCUAUUCGCUCGCUGGCUGACCGUAUCAGUGACCUGAACCAUCUUCUGUAUCUGUAUCCUGACCGGCCCAAAGACGAAGUCUUCGCCAAGUACUACACCCCCCCACUUUCAAAAGCAGUUGAUGGAUAUGUGAAACCACAGAUCAAACAAGUCGUGCCAGAAUUCACCACCCCGAACCCUGAACCCAGUGCAGGAGCUACUGUAUUCAUGGACCAGACCGCUUCUCCCUCUGUGACCCACCCCAACAACUUUGGUGUCUACCCUCCCAUGGCCGACGGCAUGUUGGAUCCCGAUGGGGACUUUGAUCUCGAGGACACCAUGGAUGUGGCUCGUCAUGUGGAGGAGCUGCUCCGCAGGCCUAUGGCCAACCAGUGGAACAGCCAGCAGUCCUAAACCAGACACCCGCACCUGCGGCACGCCUCGAGGUCAUCUCCAUCUGGAAACACUCACGCCUGCAAAACCAACUGGACUGCAACCAGGGCAAGUCGGCCACUCUGGCAGAUCUGCGUCACAUUUUGUUAUUCAGGUUUCUCUUUAACUGUGUCGAAUAAUUGUCUACACGCCCAAGACUUUUUUAAGAAGUAACUCUGUUAUCAAAGUCAAUGUUACUGCCAUUCAACAAGCUUUAGAUCCUCUCCUGCUUCCUGUAGUUUCUCACUGCUGCUAUCUGGAGGUAGUUUGUUUCAAUUGGAUUGUUAUUAAAAACUGCAAUGGGUCGUUCUCAGCAGAAGCUUUGUAUGUGCCCGCUGAGCAUGGGAAGACGUGCACGACACAGAUAACACACAGCUGAAGUCCCUUUCAGCCAUGCACUCACUUUUCUGUUGCAGUUGUGAUGUUACUGGGCCGGCUCAUUUACAAUAACGUUGCCCUUUUAACAAUUCAUAAGUCUGAAUGCACAUGGGCACAGCCUAGAGUAUGACUCUGUCUCCUGGACCUGUUUGUUAUUGCUCAGAAAAUGCCCUAAACACGUAUGUUUCUAUUUACAGUAUGAUUAGACUGAUGCAUUUCCCAAUCAGGAAGACGGAUCUCUCUCUGAGCACAUUCCUCUUAGCUGUCACACACACUGAUCUCACUGUGACUCUGGAGAAGUAAAAGUUCAGCUACACCUCACUGCAUGUCUGAAAGGGCCUUAAAUAUCACUGUGAGGAGCUCUCUCUGCCCGUACACAGGUAGUCCACAGGUAGUACUGGUUACUGUGACACAUAGUUGACAAAUGUAUUAUUUUCUGUAUUACAGAGACGAUUUUUUAAAUUAUUGUCAAGAAAAACGAGAAGAUUUCCAAUCAAGACUUAAAGAAAGACGAUGUAACUUCUUCUGUUUCCAAAUUUUGAGUCAUAACUUAAAGAAAGGGACAGCAAGAAGGAAACAAACUUGUCUCCUAGUAAGGUACCUCAUGGCUGUUGCUUUAUAAUUAGCUCCUGAGCUUAGCUGUGGCCUAAGCUUUAGGACAGGUUUAAACCUCCCUGUUGGCUCAGUCUGAACCAGCGUCUGUGUGACGUUAAUAAAGUGACCCUGUAGUGUGAGGUAGCUGUGGAUGUAGGGCUGUAGAUUGGCUAACACGGCGGUUUGUUGCAUCUCUUCCCUUAGAGGUUACAUGGUCUUCCUUUAAGUCCUGACAAUAAACUGUAAGAGCUGUGUUUAAAACAUUUCUACCAAUUCAUCUGUUUCUCUGUGACGACGUUGAACCAAACUGCCUUACAGCACAGUGGACUUAGGUGCUAUCACUAUAACUGCUUACUGAUUUGAAUUUUGUUUGGGUUUUUUGGGAGGUUGUCUUUUCUCAGACGGAGUUUUAUAUUAUAGUAAUGAGAUAAACACAGACAGAUUUUAUUUUUUAUGAUAUUUUGUCAUUGUUUUAACUGUACAGAGUGGCCUGAGACCCCUGAGAAGUUUAAUGCCAUUUGAAUAAGAAACCUGGGCAGUUUGUUUACCCAAAGCGCUUCAAGAGUACAAAUUCAUUUGUGUAAUUUCUCUUUCAUUCAUAUCUAAAGGGUGAUAAAAAUUACUAUCCAAAAACAUCUUGUUAGCAUCUCCACACCUCCAAGCUGGUGGAUUUAAUGACAGGACACUACUCGAGAGCAAGUCCAGCCUACCUUGUGGAACAGGCAGGGUUCAGGUUUGGGACGUCAUGGAUGCAGGUUAGGCUUUAAAGCACACACGGGUUUCAGAAAGUGAGCAAAUAGCAGCAAACCUUUCAUGUGGACUGGAUGUGUCUCUGUUUUACUUUGUGCCCUCCUCAUCUGCUCAGCUUGACUUCCAUCAAAAGUACAGCUGGCAUGUAUGUUAAACACUCAGCAUCAACAAGCAAAAUGUGCUCUGUCCCGUCCAUGGAAACAUGUCCCUCAAUGAGAACUUCAUCACAGACGCUCCUGCUAAUGGAGUACAUACAAACACAGCUUCUCCACACUCUGCAUUCAUACAUUUUAAAUCAAAGAAAGGUUAUCCAUAUUUCUGAUUGUGCUGGCAAAUUUCAUGCAAGUUUAUUAAGGAUGAUUUUGUAUUUACUGUUCCCUGACAAGUGAUGGCCACUGUACUGUCACACACAGAGGAGAUACCACGAUGAGUGACACAGCAUUAUAUGUAAUCAGGACUCACAAACAGCAUGUUGCCUGUAUGAGCUGGAGUCUCCAUUCCAACACUUUUUAAACUGAAGGUCUGAUCACGCUCAAGUCUAACCAGUGCCUUUGUCUAAUUAUAAACCAAGUUGUGCCAUUUAACAUGGGUUUGAACAGCACUCUGGCUGUAAAAUAAAUGUUGGUAGUCACACAACAUAUUUUCUUAAACCUGGUAAAGUUGUCCUGUUCUCACAGUGCACAGAGCCUGCAGGGGAACAGGUGAACUGGGACUGAUAUCUGUAGGUGUGCACGGAUCUGUAACAGUAAACCUUGUAACCUUAGAGCACCGUUGGCAUGUUUAACUAAUGACAACUGAAGUUUAAUCAGUGACAUAUAUGUGAAUGUUUGCUAAAUGCAGCCUUUUCUGUGUGUUGGCAUUACAGCCACGUCCAAGAAAAGAGCGAUUCAAGAACUCUUUCCUGGGUGGAGACUUUGUGUUUAGAUUAAACAAAGAAAACAGACGACGUCUCGCCGUGUCAACGGUGUUGGUAGCCUUUUGAUUGGCCAGCAUUUCUAUUAGGAUUAUAUCAGCAACCGGUACUCAGGCAUGCUCUUUUUAUAUCUUGUGUUUUCACGUGACUAGUGUUUUCAGUCCCUGUUUAAACGGUACCAGUGUAGAGAGUGAAGCCACCAUUGUGAUUGUUACGACCACGGCUCGUAAUCACAACCAUCCUAUUAGACGCUAAAGACUCGUAGAUUUUUGGAACAUUCACAGAGGAACUGAAAGCAAAGAAGGGACAAAACUUUUACUUUUACCUCAGAGUGUGUGUGUGUGUGUGUGUGUGUGUGUGUGUGUGUGUGUGUGUGUGUGUGUGUGUGUGUGUGUGUGUGUGUGUGUGUGUGUGUGUGUGUGUGUGUGUGUGUGUGUGUGUGUGUGUGUGUGUGUGUGUGUGUGUGUGUGUGUGUGUGGUUUAAAUAUAAAUUUGUGACAAUUAGAAGGAUGGAUGGUGAAAUUCUCAGACCUCAUCAUACUGUUAAACUUUUCUUAGGCAUAUACUUUUAAAUAUAAUCUGAUGUAAUGCACGUCUCUGUAGAAUAAACUAAAAAGCCAUAAUUAAGCUUGCACACCCAUUUGAAAAGGGAGCCCUCACACGUGCUGGUAGUUCUCUAAUGCUUAUCCACCAUCACCUCGUCUAGCUGAUUAUUUGUAAAUUGCUCCGUUUCUUACACUGACUGACCGAUUCUUCAUGUUUGUUUGUCACAGUAACUGGAAGUGUCUGUGACGUGUUAGUGGCGUGGUGCUCACUGUCAUUUCUCUAACUCAGUGAAUGAGAGACCCAAGAAAUGUUAUCCCAGUAAAUAUCUGACCUGUGUAGCAACCAUGUGCAUGCGUGCACAGUUACAGUUAGUCGUUGCCUUUAUCAUAUCAAGAUUGCAUAGGCUGCAAGCAUGCAGUCGAAUGUUAGACGGACAAGCAGACAAGUCCUCAGUGUAUCCACGUGUUUCCAUCAGCCGCUGUACAGAAACAAACUCCCUGUGGCACUGGCAGGUAAUCGGCAGCUACUCACAACCUGUCAUGUCCAACGUUUUCUUAAAGGAGACUGCUCUCUGGCAUGUCAUCCUUCAGUUAUUAUUGAAUGCUCUAAAGUGUAAAAAGGUCAGGUACCCAGAUUAUACCAAAUGCAUACAUGUGAGGGAAGAACGUGCAGAAUGUUGUCGACUGUAGGUGUGCGCUCCAUCAUCAUGCCAUGUCUCCUCUCCUUUAGAAACUCUUAAGCUGCUUCUCCACUUCUUUCCAGCCUUGUCACAGUUUAUCCAGAGUUUUCAUCUCUUCCCAGGUUUCAAUCCAAACUUUAAAGAGAUAAACUUUAGAAGUUUGGGAGCAGCAGGAGAGCUUUGUGAAAGUGGGCCCAGGUAGAUGAUGAAGAACUGUCCUAAUUGUUACUAGGCAGUUUUAACCGUGUGCGUAGUUUUUGUUCAGAUGUUGUAGCUCUCGUAUGUUGGAUUUCUCUUUCAAGCUUCAAGAACAAAUUGGGCGUUUGUGGGUGUUUAAACUGGGGAGAGCAUUCAGGCCGCCACAGGUCGGUCUUCUUUUCUUGACUCGUUUGCUUUGGUUCACUGUUGUGUUGCAGCCUCUCCUCAGUUUGGACUACUGUUGCUUUAUUGAAACAUCCGACUCCAGCUACCUUUUGGGAAGUCUUCAUUUUCUUUUACAGGGAAACAGCGCGAGGUAUGACUCAGUGUGAGUCAUACCUUAGUUUGUGUUAGAUUGUUAUAUAAUUGCAGAAAUACCAGCCACACCGAGCUGUUCUUGAAACGGAUUGAACCUCAGCCGAGUCCACGUUAGCUGUGGAUCAGAGUCAUGUGAGUGCUUCCAGCUACUCAGCGUGGUUGAACCCGAUCAUUGAUGCAACAGUCUCUCGAAUGCCUUGAAUCAGUCUGUGUAUCUGUCUGUGUGUUUGCUGGCUUCUGUUAGCUCUGUGCUCUGUCUUAUUUACUGUCUGAAUUUGUCCUACAGUUUACUGGAACUUUAAUGUUGGGAAUGGAAACAUGACAAUAAACUUUUUUUAAUUAA